GUUGAGGGGAAAGGAACGCAUUUCAUGAUAUACCCUCCAAAAGAUCGUCACCCGCUAGAAUCGAUUUGUGGAAGAUUAAAAAGAAAUCCAAAUAUUUUGCACACGUGGAACCGGAAACCCGCUUGACAGAGGAUUUUCUCCCUGCCAAGCCCACAACGUUGGCUGGCCCGAAACAUCGCCAAGAUCCCAAUUCAGAACCCAUCCCCUGAUUUCUCCACCCAGUAACCCGGAACAAUCUCACAUUUAGAGUGCGGAGGGUUAUUUUCAAGCUUAACAGGUCCAUGGAAUGGCAUGUCUUUUUCGUUUUCCCUCCGAGUCUAGAACACUAGAACAUUCUAUACGUCGUAAAGGGCACGGAGGAUGAUGCGAACGCGAAUGGAAAUUGAAUCAAGGAGGAGAGGAGAUUCUCCACCUACCCACUACCGGAGCGAGGUCAAUACAGGGCUGCUAGCUUGCUUUGCUAGAGCACCCGGGAAACAGGGUGGAUCCGCUAUGAUGCUCGUAAAAAUGGGCUUUUGGCGUUUUUGAUAUAGUAGUAAUCUCAACUUCUGGGCUCGAUUCUGGGGCCUUUCGGUGAUUUCUAUUUGGGUUGGAUGUGUCAAUUGCGGAGUAAUAGCGCGAAUGGUACUCCCGUUGUGGAAGGAGGAGAUUCUGUUGGAUUCCUCUAUAUAAACAAAGGUAGGAGAUCACCCAGUUGCUUCUUUUUUCUUUCCUUCCUCACCAACCUCGUUCUGGGUUUUCCAUUCUUUUAUUCCUCGGUUCGAUUCUUCCACCUUUGAUCAGAUAUCAUUCGUUUCUAUCUCAUCUCAUCUAUCUAUCUAUCCCGUUAUCCAACAUAUUCUUUCACGAUGAAGUUCUUCAGUACCUCAACCCUUUUGGCAGCAGGUCUGCUGCAACUUGCUUCAGCCUCUGACUUACGCGAUGAGUCUGGUGAUGUCUGGAAGAAUCUCCUUAGUGGUGGCGGCGUCGAGAAGAGACAGAGUACUUGGUCUCCACCGGCGAACUUGGUCAAGCCGCUUCAGGAGGUGUGGGAUCAUGAGAUGAAGACAUACAACAACGGAAAGCCCAUGGCUUUCCACAAUUACGGUUAUGAUAACAUCAUCGCUGCCAAUGGAACCAUCAACUACUGUGUCCGAUGGGAUUCCAAGGCGACCCUCACUGCCGCUCAGCGUCAAGCCAUCGCUGCCUCCCUCCAGAAGAACGUUCUUAAGUGGACCGACAAGCUCACCGGCUUCAUGGGCUGGCCAUACAAGACUAUCCCCGUCAAGAUCACCGGCUGGGCGACCAAGACACCAUCCCUUCUCCAAGGACUUUCUUCCUCCGAGAAGGUCCACACUAUGGUUGACCUUGAAGGCAUUGCCGAGUGCGAUCCUCGCUGUGGACGCUUCUACCACACAGAUGGCAACUACGGAUCUUGCCCCGGCGGAGCACAGGCCAGAUACGAUAUGUCUCUCUGGUUGACUGCUGGCAUGGAAGGUGGUGCUGGUGGAGAUUGGGGACAGAGAGUCGGAAGUGAGUACUUCUUGGGCGCAUUGGACAACCCACACAUCUGGCUCCACGAGUUCGGACACACUCUCGCCCUUGACGACUUCUACGACUGGACCCCAACUGGAAUCACCAACUUCAUCAUGUUAGCCGGCUCCUCCAUGGUCGUCACCGACUUCGACAUCUGGAUGAUGCGCGACUGGUGGAGAAACCUCGCUAGCCGAUACAACCUCGCUGCUGCCCCGAGCCCAGCCAAGACCACUACUAAGAAAGCCGCUGCUGCAACCCCAACAAAGGCCAAUGUCGUUGCCCCCGCACCAACUCUGAAGACUACUACGACUAAGAAGCCUGCUCUUGUAGCUACACCUGCUCCUGCUCCUGCUGCUGGAGGUGCUGUCGCGGCUAAGUAUGCUCAGUGUGGUGGUGAUGGAUGGAAGGGUGCUACUGCUUGUGUGGCUGGGUCGAAGUGUGUUGUUAACAACCAGUGGUACUCGCAGUGCAUUUAAAAAGGUGGUGUUAAGUUGUGAGAUUGAGGAGAGUAUGAGGCGGGUCCGAGACGUGCUGGGGGGAGAGAAAAGGGGACUUUGGAAGAAAGACUAGGUGUCGGGCGGUUCUUGUAAAUACUGUUUUCGGACUUGUAUAUUCUUCUAACGGCAGAGCCUAUGGAGUGAGCUAUUUAUGCUUUUACUCAUCAGAUGUCUUGUCUUUGAGUGCUUGUUGAAGAAGUGCUUUGCUAAAAACAAAU